GUUUUUAAGUUCCCCACUGUACGGACACAAGUCUCUCUUCGUCAAGUCUUUCAAAUUCCCCAAUCCCACCGAGGACAGAGAGACCGAACAGAAACGCUGAAGCCCAAGAUGGGCUUUGUGCUUCUUGAAUUUGCGCUUCAAUGCUUUACUCUACUUGCAUGGCCUCUCCUUGCUUGGGUGUAUCCUCUAUGUUGUUCCGUUAGGGCGAUUGAGAACAAUUCCAUUUCAGAUUCUCAGAUGUUAAAUACUUAUUGGCUUGUCCUCUCAUUGAUUUUGCUCUUUGAACAUGCUUUAUUAAAGCUCCUUGAAUGGCUCCUGCUGUGGCAAUACAUUAGGAUAAUGAUUGUCUACUGGUUGGUGAUACCUCAUUUUGAUGGUGCUGUUUAUGUCUAUAAACACCUCAUCUGUCCAUGCCUCACAAUGGACCCCCAAAUUGUUAUCAACUGGUUCAACAAGCGGAGGAAUGAACCGUCGUGUAUCAGAGAAAGCUUUCUUGCUGAGCUCGAGAGAUAUGUACAGGAGAAUGGACCUGAAGCUCUGGAAAGAAUUGUUGCUUGCAAGGUUAUCCAGACAAAGCAUAAUCUGACUGGGACUGGAAACAGCAAAUUUGCCGCUAUGGAGAUUAAAGAAAAAGCCAUUGAGGUUGUAGCAGAUAGAAAUAUUAUGAAGACUCCACCUUUGAAUGAAGUCCAUAAGGGAUGGACUUUUAAUUCCCAUCUAGACAGUAAAAUCCUCAAGAAUGCAAUUGAGGCACCGAAAGCAAGGAACCAGGCUGAGCCUAGGCUCACUCAAAUUGGAAACGGUACACUUGCAGUGGUGGAGGCUAGUGUAAACCCUGUUGAGAUUGCAACAGGUAGAGAGAUUAUUGAGUCUUCCCAAAAUGUCCCGAAAGAGUGGACUCGUGCCCUUGAGGUAACAAUUCCAAGUGAAAGAACUUUGAAUUCCAACCUAAUAAGGAUACACAAGGCAUCACAUGAGGCACUGAAUGCAAAGAGGCAGGCAUAUGUCCCCAAAAUGGCCCUAGCUAAAUCUGAUAAGCAUGAGGAGCCAGGAAAAAGUAUACCGAGCAUUGCAUCAAAACCCAAGGUUAUUAUCAAUAGAGAGGUGCAAGCAGAGGAGCCAGAAAACAGUAUACCGAGCAGUGGAUCAAAAGCCAAGUGGAUAAUCAAUCGAAAGGUUCAAGUUGAGGAGCCAGAAAACAGUACACCCAGCAGUGGAGUAAAACCCAAGGUUAUUAUCAAUCGAAAGGUGCAAGCAGGGGAGCCAGAACAAAGUAUACCGAGCAGUGGAUCAAAACCCAAGAUUAUUAUCAAUCGAACGGUGCAAACAGAGGAGCCAGAAAACAGUAUACAGAGCAGUGGAUUAAAACCCAAGGUUAUUAUAAUUCAAAAGGUUCAAGCUGAGGAGCCAGAAAACAGUAUACCCAGUAGUGGAGUAAAACCCAAGGUUAUUAUCAAUCGAAAGGUGCAAGCAGGGGAGCCAGAACAAAGUAUACCGAGCAAUGGAUCAAAACCCAAGAUUAUUAUCAAUCGAAACGUGCAAGCAGAGGAGCCAGAAAACAGUAUACAGAGCAGUGGAUUAAAACCCAAGGCUAUUAUAAUUCGAAAGGCACAGGCAGAGGAGCCAGAAAACAGUAUACUGAGCAGUGGAUCAAGGCCCAGGUGGAUUAUCAAAAGAAAGGUGCAUGCAGAUGAGCCAGAAAGCAGUAUACCAAGCAGUGGAUCAAAAUCCAAGUGGAUUAUCGGUCGAAAGGUGCAUGCAGAUGAGCCAGGAAACACUGUACCAGGCAGUAGAUCAAAACCAAGGUGAUUAUCAAUCGAAAGGUGCAAGCAGCUGAGGAGCCAUCAGGGGGUAUAUCCAGCAAUGAACUGAAAAGGAAACUUAUAGUAACUCUCAAGGGAAAGGUGCAAGGCCAGCAACAGAACCCAAAUGAAGCUUCAAGGAUGAAGGAUCAUCGUGUGUUGUGCAAAAUUUGUAAUGUGCACUUCCCUGGUGAGAUUGACUUGGCAUCUCAUCUCAGUGGAAGGAAGCAUGAGGAAAAUGUGCUAGAACAACACAAGGCAAGUAGUGGUCUAAGGAUGAAUGGUCCCCCUCUGUGGUGCAAGAUUUGUGAUGUAGGCUGCUGUACUGAGUUUGACAUGGUAUCGCAUCGUAAUGGAAUGAGGCACUUGCAUCGUUUAUUGACCGGAAUGUAGGGGUUGUGUACAGAUAAUGUUGAUUGCUUGCAUUCGUGCUCAUGUAUUUUGUAAUUGUUUUCUCAUUUGUAGGAAACUUAGAGAUGACCCUGCAUGCAUUUAGAGGUGGUUGGAUUUUACUACUGUGUUGUCUAGCAGUGAAAAUUCGAAUUAACUAGUUGUGAACGUGUGGCCCCAAGUUGUGAGUGCUGAACA